GGUUAAUAUGUUACGGCCAGAUGGUAUUUAUUCACUGUUUAUUCAGUGAACUUUGAAAUGACUGAUAACGCAAUUCUUCAACGUAGUGAAAAUUUAUACUCAUUACGUUUUGAUAAGAAGAGAUGGCUAAGAAAUCAGAAGGUCUAUGCAAACUCAUCCAGAAGAUAUCGGACAUUGGAACUAUUUGAUUUCAGACCCAAGGCCUUUCUGUAGGUCGUAGCUCAUUUAGAACGUUGACUUUACCAGUUCACUUGCUUACUUUUGCUUUGGUUGUGGAUUUCUGGCAUAAGUUUUCUACCAUUUGAACGAAUCUCGGGACUUCAUAUUAAGGUUUGUUCGUGUAAUCAAAUAUUUAGGUAAAAUGCCUUUAACUUCCAUCAAGAAACAUCUGGCCAGAGGUAAUCAGUUCUUAUCAGAAAAAUUAGGGGGAGCGAAGGGUACUGAUAAAGGAGCAGAAUAUAGACAACUUGCGCAGCUUAUUGAUUCAUACAAAGGGUAUUUUGAGAGUGCUCAAAGACGGGUUGUUGAUUGCUUAGAACCUAACCCAAAUGCACGCAAACGAGCAUGGGCUAGUUCAACUGUAAACAAAAUUCAAGGAACUUCAGGUGGCGAAUCGUAUCCUCAUGCGGAGAAGGCUCUGUCUGAUUGUUUUUCGGAAUACGGUAGACAGUUAAGUCAACAGCAUAAUUUCAGCCUUGCACUUCUUCGAUGUGGAGAAGCAUACAGUCGAAUUGUGGAGUCGAAAGAACAGUCGUUAGAUGAAACAAGAUCCGGUUACUUGAAACCGAUUUCAGAAACAUUGAAUCAGGAUAUCAGAGAGAUAACAUUGCUUCGGAAGAAAGCUGAAAGCAAACGAUUAACUUAUGAUCAUAGGAAACAUGUCUUAGAAAAAACCAACGCUCAACCGGAUGAUGCAUUUGAAGAGGCUAAAAGUCAAUUUGAAGAAGCCUUAACAAUUAGUUCAAAAGCAAUGUCAAAUUUCUUGGAUGGUGAAGUGGAACAAAUUGAAGCCUUAUCAAAUUUCGUUUCUGCUCAGUUAAGCUUUUAUCAAGAUGCUGCACGAAUAUUAUCUGAUCUGCGUGGGGAAUUGCAAACAAGAUUAUCUGAUGCAUUAUUUAGAAUGUUAUGUGAGAGGAGUUAA